AUGAAGACCAUAAAUUGCAGACAAAUUGUAGAGAAGAAAUUGCAGAGGAAGAACUCGACGGAGAAGAAAUUGCAACGAAUUCAACAGAGAGAAGUUUCAGAGAAAGAUGACUUCGACGGAAUUGCAGACAACUUUGACGGAGAGAAGUUGCAGAAAAGCACACAUACUGGGUUGUGGGAGACGGCGAUUUGGGAUUUGGGUGUGAGAUUUCGACGGAGAGAAGUUGCAAUCCACUUCGAUGACAUGAGAUCAUGGGAUUUAGGCGUGGGAUUUCGAUUGAGAGAAGUUACAGAUUCCUUUGUUAUAGGAAUUCUCCUUGGAUGGGCAUGGAGACCCAAAUGGGCAACUAUGGCAAGAGAUGAAUUGAUUUGUUCUGAGUCAAAAGGCUCUGAAUCAUCAUCGUGUUCAUCGCCCUCUUGGACCGUGGAUAACUGGAAGGAUAAGAGACAAUCCUCUGUAUCGCCCACUGAAUAUGAAGAUUGCAGAACGUCGCAGCUACACAAAGAUGUGGUUGAUUUAGUGACUGAGGAGGAUUUAGAACAUUUAUGUGAGCUUGUGGAGAUGAAAGAUGGAGGUCCUCGUUGGAUAGAAAUGAUGGAUCGUUCCACCCCAAAUAUGAGCUACCAAGCAUGGCGAAGAGAUCCCAAGCAAGGUCCUCCACAAUAUCGCAGCAGCAGUGUCUUUGAGGAUGCCACGCCAGAGAUAGUUAGGGACUUUUUCUGGGAUGACGAGUUCCGUUCAAAUUGGGAUGACAUGCUUGCAUCUUCUACAACUAUAGAAGAGUGUCCCACCACUGGGCUCAUGAUAGUGCAAUGGAUACGAAAGUUUCCGUUCUUUUGUAAAGACAGGGAAUAUAUAAUUGGUCGUCGUAUAUGGGAAUCAGGAAGAUCAUAUUACUGUGUAACCAAGGGAGUAUCUUGUCCUUCUGUCCCAAGGUGCGACAAACCAAGACGUGUUGACCUUUAUUACUCAAGUUGGUGCAUUCGAGCUGUGAAAUCGAAAAGAGGUGAUGGCCAGCUGACUGCCUGUGAGGUAUUGCUCUUCCAUCAUGAAGAUAUGGGUAUCCCAUGGGAAAUUGCAAAACUUCGAGUGCGGAAAGGAAUGUGGGGAACUGUCAAGAAGAUAGAGCCUGGGCUUCGUGCAUACCAAAAAGCAAGAGCAUCAGGUGCACCUCUCUCUCGGCCAGCCUUUAUGGCCCGGAUCAACUCCAAAAUUAGUUCAGAGGACCUAAGAUCCUUUGGAAGGGCUGAUGAUUUGGCAGAGACACAAAUAACUUCUGCAUCAAACAAAUCACCAGGGAGGAUUAUAUCGAAGCUCCUCAUUUUUGGUUGGGUGGUUGUACUUGCUUGUAGUCUUGAUCGAGGACGCUUGACUAACGCAUUUAUAUUUGGUGCGGCCAGAAGGCUUGCAAAUGUAGGAAGUGGAAAGUGA